AUGGUUGUGUUGGAGCUUACUUUGUAUGUGUCUAUUAUAGCACUUAUUCCACAAUUGAUUGUGUCACAAAAAAUCAGGGCAGUGACUAUAAGCUUAAGAAUUAUUGCAAACAUCCUUGUGCUCCUCUCACUUGCUGGAAGUAUUUACAUCAUAUACUUUGUUGUGGAUCGAUCCCAAAGGUUAGAGCGCGCCAAAAAGGAAUUGACUCUUUGGGAAAAAAAUGAGGUAAGUGUAGUUGUGUCACUGAUCACAAUGAUUGCACCCUCUGCUUUUGAACUUGUGGCGGCUCUGGAGAUGUAUCACCCAAGGACUACUCUUCGCUUCCAGCUUGCCAGGGUUCUUGUUCUAUACCUGGGAAACCUCUACAGUUUAAUCAUUGCUCUCCUGGAUAAGGUGGACAGCAAAACCUGA